CGUGUUAGUUGAGCGAGUGCUCUCCCACCACCACCAUCAUCGCCACCUCCACCCACCAGGGCAGGGCAGGGCAGGCCAGCCGCACCGGUCAGGCCACCUCCCUACUUUUGUCUUCCUCUUCUUCCUCCACCCUCUCAUACCCCCUUUCUUGGUCUCCCUCCCCUCCUCGCCACCGAGAAGAAAGGGAUCUCCGCCCCCCUCCAUUUCCAAUUCGGAGAAGAAGGGGAAUUUUAUCUUUCUUUUCGGUCGCAGCGAUGGGCGGCCGGGUGGAUCACGAGUACUCCUACCUCUUCAAGAUGGUGCUCAUCGGGGAUAGCGGCGUCGGCAAGUCCAACAUCCUCUCCCGAUUCACCCGCAAUCACUUCUCCCUCGACUCCAAGUCCACCAUCGGCGUCGAGUUCGCCACCAAGUCCCUGCAGAUGGAAGGAAAAACCAUAAAGGCUCAGAUCUGGGAUACGGCUGGCCAGGAGAGGUACCGUGCCAUUACAAGCGCAUAUUACCGUGGCGCUGUUGGGGCUCUCCUUGUUUACGACAUCACAAAGGUGCAGAGCUUUGAAAAUGUCAAUAGGUGGCUUCGCGAGCUACGUGAUCACGCUGACUCCAGCAUUGUGAUCAUGAUGGUCGGUAACAAGUCCGACCUGUUACAUCUAAGAGCCGUCUCCGAAGAUCAAGGGAAGGCAUUGGCUGAAAAGGAGGGGCUGUUUUUCCUUGAGACGUCAGCUAUGGAGGCUGUAAAUGUGGAACAAGCCUUCCAGACUAUCAUCACAGAGGUCUAUGGCAUUGUUAACAAGAAAGCGCUGGCUGCCAAAGAAGCAGCAGCAGCUGCUGCUCCUUUGCCUUCCCAGGGCAAGACCAUCAGCAUCGACACUGCCUCCGGGAACUCAAAGAGGGCAUGCUGCUCUUCUUGAAACCUAAUCGAUGUAUCAGCAUCAUAUUGUAGAGAAUCAGGAGCGAGAAUCUUCAGCAUAGCGGCCUUAGUUGAACUGGUGUGAAGGGAAAAUUCUACUCUUUUUGUUUCUCUGUUGAAUGAACAUCCUGGAGUAUACGCCGCAUGCGCAGUUUGUUCAGCAUUUCUGGAAGUUAGAUGUGUGUAUUAGGAUUCGUUCCAUUUCUGUUAUGAAAGUUACAUCAUAAUACAUAUAUGUGGGAUUAUACAUCGCAACCUAUGAGAUUCAGAACCGGUUUAGCUAAA